AUCGCGGGCGCGACGCCCUGAGGGACGGUGAGGGAUCUGGGUCUUGAGAAGGUGCAGCGGCAGAACCGGCCGGGAAGAUGCCAGUGGCAGUGAUGGCGGAAAGUGCCUUUAGUUUCAAAAAGUUGCUGGAUCAGUGCGAGAACCAGGAGCUCGAGGCUCCUGGAGGAAUUGCAACACCCCCAGUGUAUGGUCAGCUUCUAGCUUUAUAUCUGCUCCAUAAUGACAUGAAUAAUGCAAGAUAUCUUUGGAAAAGAAUACCACCUGCUAUAAAAUCUGCAAAUUCUGAACUUGGAGGAAUUUGGUCUGUGGGACAGAGAAUCUGGCAGAGAGACUUCCCGGGGAUCUAUACGACAAUCAGCGCUUACCAGUGGUCUGAGACAGUCCAGCCCAUCAUGGAAGCACUUAGAGACGCGACAAGGAGACGAGCCUUCGCCCUGGUCUCUCAAGCCUAUACCUCGAUCGUCGCCGAUGACUUUGCAGCCUUUGUUGGACUUCCUGUGGAAGAGGCUGUGAAAGGUAUAUUAGAACAAGGAUGGCAAGCCGACUCCACGACAAGAAUGGUUAUGCCCAAAAAGCCAGUUGCAGGGGCCCUGGAUGUUUCCUUUAACAGGUUUAUUCCCUUAUCAGAGCCUGCCCCAGUUCCACCAAUCCCCAAUGAACAGCAGUUAGCCAGACUGACCGAUUAUGUGGCUUUCCUCGAAAACUGAUUGGUUAUACUGAGUUCAAGAUCCACCUUCAGAAUCCUCUAUACUGACAAAUACAAAAAUGUAAAAUUUUUAUUUUCAAUUUAUCGGAUGGAUUAAGCACCUCAGCAUUCCUUACUGAGCAUGUGAUAAAAUGCCUAUAUAAUAUAAAGUAUAUUAUAUAUAUUUUGUCCUUAAAUAUUAUGCUGAAUAGUUGUGGACACAAUUCUCAUUUUGUAAUAUUCGACAAUUUGGAUGGAGCCUGUCAGUAUUAUGCAGUCAGUCAGUUUAUAUUUCCUAGUGACUCAUAAAAUAGAGCUCUCCUGCUUCGUGUA